GCCAAAAUUGUUAAAAAAAAGAACAUCAUAUACUUCAUCUGUUCCAAAUCAAAUACAAAAAAUCCACUUUUCCACUAUUCACAAUUUUUACUUUGACUAAGAUUUUUGAUUUAUACACAAUGAAAAGCAGAGUCAAGUGGGAUCUUAUUAGAUUCAUCUCGUGACGUACUUUCAUAAAAUGUAUUUUAAAUAAUUUGACUUAUAUGUAAUUAUAGGUAUUUGUGGUCAAAAUAAUGUCUCGCCAUGUGUUACAGUGAAUUUGUUGCAUUUGAUUCGGAAUGAAGAAAAUACUAUUAUCAUGUUCUUUACAUGUACAACAUAAAAAAAACAUUGCAUAUCAAAAUUGUUAAUUAGAACAAAUAUAAAAAAGAACACGUACAAAUGCCAAAAUAACAUUAUUCUUCUUGAACACAAAUAGCUUGAAAUAAAGAUAUCAAUGAUAUUUAUAAUAAUAACAACGACAUUGAUAAAAAUGAUCAAUAUUAAUAAUUAAUAAUUAAUAAUUAAUAAGUACAACAAUGAUAUUAAUAAUAAUAAUAAUAAUAACAACAACAACAACAACAACAUAAUAAUAAUAAUAAUAAUAAUAAUAAUAAUAAUAAUAAUAGCGUUUAGUAAUACUAAUAAUCAUAAUAAUUAUCAUACCAAUCAUGAUACCAAUAAUAAUAAUAACAAUUAUAAUAAGUUUUUAAAUAUAAGAAUCAUUUGAUCUGAUCUGAACUUAUCUGAUCUGAUCUGAACAAUUUGGUCUGGUUUGAUUUGAUCUUAACUGAUCUAAUUUGGAAUAAGCAAAAAUAAGGUGAACUGAACAUAGCCUAAGUCUUUCAGCAAAUGGUUAACAAAUUGUUUAAUUUUAUUGGUUUAGUAAUAAAAAUUUAAUUAUCUUAGCUCCCAAAAAAGUCGAUAAUUUUUCAACAUAUAUAAUGCUAUAUUUUAGUGUAUAAUACUUCAUUGGGGAUAACACAAUCCACGCUAGAUGAGAGUUUGACCACAUACAAGGUUGGCAGGGUUCCAUCCUAAAAUCAAUUGGUGAUAGAUGGAGUAACCUACCAAUCUAGCUAUGUCUUAAUGAUCCUCUCUUUAUUUCUUCACUUUAGACAACUCCUAAAUCACAUGUGAGUUAUACUUUUAACACAAUUCCUUAGCAAUCCCUUGUUAGAUCACUUAAAAGGCAAUUGUGCAAGGAUGCAAGUUGUAUGAUUGGCCACUGUGUAGGCUUACUAUGGAUACCUCCAAGUGAAUAGCAUAUAUAAAGAAGCUUUAAUAGAUAAAGAAAAGAUGGCCGGGGCCAUAUUGGGGUUAGUGCCAAUGGUAUAUGAAUCUGGUAGACGUUUAGUGGAGGUUGACAUGAAGCGCGCUGAGCUCAAUAAUGUACAGAAGGAAGUGAGAGGGAGAAUGGAGUACAUGGAUAAUAUAGCAAGAACUGAGGAGCGAAAACCUGGGAAGAAGCGCAAGAAUGUGUUGAAUGCUUACUUCAAGCAAGCAGAAGGGUACAUAGUGUCAGCACAAAAGGUGUUAGACGGAAGCCAGGAAGGGCAGUGGAAAGUGAAGCGUAUGAAGUGGGUGCCCAGCAUUGAGAGACACCACAAGGAAGGACAGGAGCUUGUGAACAAGGCCAACCAGUUGCUAGAGGAAGGCCUGACAUACGAUGGGGUUAGAACGCAUGGCGAGAAGUUACCUUUGGAAGAGAAUCAAUACAUCUGUGAGACUGUUCGUGGGCUACAGGAUAGAGCAUUCAAAGACAUGAAAGAAGGCAAUGUGAAAUGCAUCGGUAUAUAUGGUCAUGCUGGAGCUGGAAAGACCAAUCUCAUGAAGCACCUCUACAACAAAGUCUUUGAUGAUGAGGAGGGUUUCAAGGCUGUUUUUUGGGCUACGGCACCUAAAUUUGAGAAUGAUCCUAGAAAGUACAACCAAGCCUUGCAGAAGUGUGUGGCUGAUGGGAUGUGGGUUGAUUUAGGAAAUGAUGUUGCUCACGAUGAGGCAAGAACUGCAGGAAAGUUAUUGGCAAAACUCCAUGAAAUUGGCUCCGACAAGCCAUCAGUUUUCUUCUUGGAUAAUGUGACACAUGAGUUUCCAGCUUAUGAACUUCUAGGCAUACCGUCUCAGAUGAAUCCAGAAAAUAGUGAUGCGAAAUGCAUCCUUGUGUUUAGUACAUUGUCCAGAGAUGUAUGUAACAGGAUGCAAUGCGACCUCACUCUGAAGAUGGACUUACUAGAGAAGAAAGAAGCAGAGGAGUUGUUCUUGUAUGAAGUCAGAAACAGAGAAAUUAAUGAACAUCAGCUAUCAAAUCGUGAAGAACGAAGGAUCAAACAAGAAGCCGUAAAAGUGGCAAAUGAAUGUGCAAGAAUGCCACUAGCUAUCAUUAUCAUAGCCCGGUCCAUGGUUAAUAUUAAAGAACUUCCGGAAUGGAAAAACCGUCUAAAUGAGCUGACGGGAACCAUCAGCAGCAUCCAUGAUGAGGAGGAUAAGAUACUGGAGCAGCUCAGAUUUGGGUAUGAUUGUUUGGAAGAUAACACUGUCCAACGUUGCUUUCUCGUCGCUGCAAAUAUGUUUGCCAAGGAUGAUCAGAUUUCUAAACUAAAUAUGAUUAAAGAGUGGAAGAAUCGCAAGCUAAUUGGUAUAGACAGACCAACUAAGUUUGUGAAUGAUCAGGGUCACACUGUACUGAAUCAACUUGAGAGAAUGUGUUUGAUUCAAGUUGCACCAAACAGUCAAAUUCUGACUAUGAACAAGUGGAUAAAGAAGAUGGCAAACAAGGUUUCUCAACCUGUUCAUUGACGGAUAUCGAGACCUACUCAACUCAGAGUCAGAGUUCAACUAGCUGAUCGCAAGUUGGCAGUUUGCUGCAUACCGGUGAACUUUUUUGUCGGAUAAGAUCUAUUAAAAUAGCUAUUAGGUUGGAAAAGACCUAAUAAAAACUUUUUUGUUCAAAAACCUAUUAUCUUCCUUUUGUUUGUUAAUUUAGACCAUCUCAACAUUUUCUGGCCAUGACUUUUUUUACUCCCUUUCACCAAAGUUUAAUGACAACGGAUUUUUUGGUUCCAUUUAAUGAGAAGAGGGGAAAAAGUCAAGGCUAAAAAAUUGACUUUUUGGUCGGAAAAUAUACCUUUUGGCCGGAAAAUGUUGAGAUGGCCUGAAGUAACAAAUGGAAGUAAAACAAAAAAAAAUUAGGUCUUUUCCAACAAAAUAAGUAUUUUAAUUAGUCUUAUACUAUGUUUACAAAAAAAAUCUACAUACUAUAUAUUUCCGUGCUGAGAUAAGAAUAUCUAGGAUUUUUUUGAGCAAUUAAUAUGAUUUCACAAACUCUUUCAAUA